AGUGCCCCGUCUUGUCCGGUGUGGAGGCGGUGAGAGUACCAAGUUCCAGUAUCUGCAUUGCAGCCUGAGCGCUGCUGCCGGAAGUCAACACAACAAUGGCGACUCCCAGUCCUGAUAGCAACUCGUCCAGCUCUAGCAACAGCUUCAGCAUUGUAGGAUCCACGUCGCACCACCUCCACCAGCAGACACACAGCAGCAGUAUGCAAGGUAAACGUAAAGCGUUGAAAUUGAAUUUCGCCAACCCCCCGGUGAAGCCAGCGUCUCGCCUCCCGCUCAAUCCAACGGCGCCCUCCUUCCAGAACCCUCACAUAGAGCGGCUGAGGACGCACAGCAUCGAGUCGUCGGGGAAGCUCAAGAUUUCGCCUGAGCAGCACUGCGACUUCACGGCGGAGGAUUUGAGGGACCUCGGGGAGAUUGGCCGUGGGGCGUACGGCUCGGUCAACAAGAUGGUCCACAAACCCACAGGCCAGAUCAUGGCAGUCAAGAGAAUUCGCUCCACUGUGGAUGAAAAGGAGCAAAAGCAGCUGCUGAUGGAUCUCGACGUGGUGAUGAGGAGUAGCGAUUGUCCGUACAUUGUUCAGUUCUACGGGGCUCUCUUCAGAGAGGGGGACUGUUGGAUCUGUAUGGAGCUUAUGUCUACCUCAUUAGACAAAUUUUAUAAAUAUGUAUAUUGUGCAUUAGAUGAUGUCAUUCCAGAGGAAAUAUUAGGCAAAAUCACUUUAGCAACCGUCAAAGCACUGAACCACUUAAAAGAAAACUUGAAAAUCAUUCACAGAGACAUCAAACCUUCCAACAUUCUGAUGGACCGAAAGGGUAACAUCAAGUUGUGUGAUUUUGGGAUCAGCGGCCAGCUUGUGGACUCCAUAGCAAAGACCAGAGAUGCCGGCUGUAGGCCCUACAUGGCACCUGAAAGGAUAGACCCCAGUGCCUCAAGACAAGGCUAUGAUGUCCGCUCUGAUGUGUGGAGCUUGGGAAUCACCGUGUAUGAGCUGGCCACUGGAAGGUUCCCGUACCCCAAAUGGAACAGCGUUUUUGAUCAGCUGACACAAGUGGUGAAAGGAGAACCUCCUCAGCUCAACAACUCGGAGGAGAGGCAGUUCUCCCCUAAGUUCAUCAAUUUUGUUAACUUAUGCCUUACAAAGGACGAAUCCAAAAGGCCAAAGUACAAGGAGCUGCUGAAACAUCCGUUCAUUCUCAUGUAUGAGGAGCGUUUUGUGGAUGUUGCCAGUUACGUGUGCCGCAUCCUGGAUCAGAUCCCCGCCUCUCCCAUCUCGCCCAUGUACGUGGACUGAGGGGGGUCGGGGGUGCAGCGAGUGGGACACCCCAAGCUCACCGUCUUUUCUCCUUGCCAGUUUGGUCACAUUGUAACAAAGAGAGGAACACGAGGGGGGUACAGUGAGGUAAAUAUUGCUAAGAGAACCCUUCCGCCACACAUCACCUCGUUUACCAUCGCUUACUGAAUCCAAAGCAAACCAAAUGAAAAGGUUGAGCAAUGGUGCUCGUGGAAAAAAAAAAACACACACCUUUAGGAUUGUGCGUUGUGGACUGUAUGUAUGUGUGUAUUUGCGUGUUCACCGCUGAAUUGUUGACGUAUACAGACCCACUAAACACAAACGUGUUUGUCAGGGGAAAGAAUAGUGUGGCUUUGUCUCUUUUUCCCCCUCCUGUCUUCAAUAUUUAAUCCGUGACUCGUAAUACACAAUAGGACAACAUUAAAUACUCUCACCAAACGCUCGGCCCAUCUUGCACCUUCCCUGUAAUGUCAUUGAAUUGAAGUCACCAGGAUGUUGCUACAAAUAAGUCUGCUUGGAAUAGCGUACCGUAGAGCUCUAGAGCCAUAGACUUAAAAGUCCAAUUUUCAGUGUCUUUUUAGAGAUGAUAGCGGCAUAUUUGUUUAAACAGGAGCCAUCUUCUGAACGUGGACGCCUCGCUGUUGCCCCCUGCAGAGCUGAGGGUGUACUGCAUGAAAGAGCACCGGUCUAGUUAAACCAAAUGGUUUUUACAUCAAGGGGUGUCCAAAGUGCUUUUUUUUUUUUUUCAAUUGGCCCUGGCACAUUCUAAAAUUACAAUUCAACAAGAAAACUAAAGAAAAACAGCAAAAAUUAUUAAGUAUUUUUAAUAAGUACUUUUCUCAAGAAUAAACUAUUCUCAAGAAUAUAACUAUUUGGAGAAUAAAGUCAGAAUAUUAAGAGAAAAAAAUUCAUUAAGUUGAAAUAUUAAAGACUAAAAAUUCAAUUUUUUUUUUCAUAUUAUGAAAAACCAAGAAUAAAGCUGCAAUUUUAGGAAAUGUAGGUUGUUAAUAUCACAAUAAUAAUGUUAUAAUAUUGCAACAUUAUGACAAUAAAGACAUAAUAUUCUAAAGUUGGAAUGUUUGUAAAAAAAAGACGAGCAAAAAGCGUAAGGUAAGGAGGAAAAACUCCUUGAUACCAAUAAUAUGCUUGAUGCAGGCUGUUUUUUUCUCCAAAUAUAAACACCUUUGCAUAUCUGCAUGGGUUGGUGUAAAAAAUGUAAAAGGGGCCCCCGCAUCCUUGCAUUUUUCAGUAUGCGGCCCUUGUUGGAAAAAGUUUGGACACCCCUGGUUUACAUUAUUUGGGCGAUGAUUGACGAGCCAAUAAAAAGCUUUGGUGGGUUGGAUGUGGCCCGCAGACGGCCUCAUGAGGACCGCUGGUUAGAGCAUUGAUCCUCCACUGGUGGGGUGUGACCCAAAAGUGGCUUGCAGGCCUGGGCAGAAAAAUCUAUAUUUGAUUUCCAUGAAUGCACCUUUCCAUGAAGGACGCUUAACACUGACAUCCUGACGCGACACACAGCUGCAGAUAUCCGCUGGAGAAGAGCGGGCCAUAAAGAGAGAGAGAGAGACUGCUGGAGUUCAUGUUGUGUUGCAAACACUUGCUUUUGCAUAUAACAUAUUGGAGAAGUUUGAGUUGGAAAACGCUUGUCAUUGAGGGGUGUUGGUGGGUCCCGCAGCGAAACCAGUUGAGAACCGCUGGGUUAGAGUAUCAACAACAAGCAUUAUUUGGGACUUUUUAUAGGUGUGCCCAUUAUUCGUGGAUUUUCGCGGGGUUUUGGAACUUGGCUCCACUGUUCUGAUCUGGUGCAACUGUAAAGAGAAACUAAAAUGGAAUUAACCUGACCUUCUUGGGGGGGGGGUGCCCCCACAUUAUGGUAGGGGAAACACUGCUAUUGGAAUGUAAGACAUGUUAUACCUUAGGGGUGUCACCAGACGAGACAAGAAGAUAUUUUAACAAAAAUGUAAAAAGUAUAUAACAAUAUAUUGCAAUCUGCUCAUUUACUUUCUACUACGUUACACUUUUCUGCACUCCGCACUGCAAGCGGCCCCGCCUCCACCCACCAAGGCUCACUCCAUUCAUGCCAUUGUUCUAUGGAACAAACGCAACAAGGUGCUGAAACCGAUGCACAGAGUGAACCCUCUUCCAGCCUGUUUGGAGGCGAGAGACGAGGGAAACGGACACAAACUGCAGUUGGCAGCUAAGAAUGCACGUAAAGGGACACGCCUAUCCCGACUAUAAAGCCUUCUGAAAAAACCUCCAAGAAGCACCAACAACGCUGCGUUGACAUGAGAUUAUUAUUGUUAUUAACAUCGUUACGCCUAAUAACUACUUUACAGGCGUAGUGACACCUCGCUUCACCACACAUUCGCUCACAGCGGGUCAGGUGGCUGUGUAAACACACACCACCUUACCUUUCAAUAUUAUUGAUAUGAAGGAGCUUUACUAAAACGUUAAGCAAAGACGUAAAUGGCUACGUCUAAUUCCGAUUUCUUUUCCAAAGAAAUGCAAAGUGUGACUUCAAAACAAUGACAAUACACGAGGAGCACGCACUGGCCGAGCGGACGCUUGCCUGAUGUAAAGUUACGUGAUGUCCACUGAUGAUGUAUAUGUGUUUUGUACAUAGUGCAUCAAAUCUGCUGUUCUGGGCAGGUUCUGCUAGACCGUUGAGGCUUAUUCACAGAAAAUAGCCAAAUGUGGGAGCGUGAGCCUAAUGAGCAGCCUGCUAGCACUGUAUAGUUUUACUUCUCAUCCACACUGAUCACACAUCCACCAUGCUGCAUUACAAAGGCAAAUGGGUGUAAUUAUGUAUAUUUGAAAAAUACACGAUAUCACGCUAAGGGCCACGAAACAGAUCACUUGUCACUUAAGAUACUCAGCAGUUGCUCCAAGCAUGUCUCCCCAGCUUGCACUGAUGAUGAUAAAAUGAUGUGUUCUGUUAACCCAUAAGAACCCAGAACCAUUUGUGUUUAAAGUUAUAUGAUGCUGAUCUUGUUAUAUUUGACAGCCUAUUAACGAGUGAUUAACUGGCUUUAAAAUGAGCUUUAAAAGGUAAAAGGUUAGCUUUUGGAAAUGAGCAAUGAGCUCACAUGUGCUUACCUGGCCAACUCUUUGCCGCACUUCCCCAACAUAUCCGGCGAGAGUCACAUGACACCCACUCCAAUAUGUUUCCUAUCCGGGACUUGAUGAGUUCAAGACGAGCAGAAAGCUGUAGGGCGCUUUUUAAGAGUUGCUAACACGCGUGCUGGGUUCUUAUGGGUAACCGGGAGAAUUCUGUCACGACUGAUCUGCAUGUAUUCACCUGUACAGUAAUGCAAACCUAGGGAAGAAAAAUACAUGUUUGUUCUGAACCUAUGGAAUAUAUUUUCUACCUCGCAUCAGUAGGGGUACAUGUAUAAAUUGCAAUCCACUAGAAUGUUCAUAUUAAAGAAAUAAAAUAAUAUGAGGGGCAAUUAAUUAUAUUGUAUGUCUAUCAAGGAUUACAAAUAAAGUUCCUUUGGGAAAAUAAUGGCUUUAUAUUGCAUUGUUUCAAUUAAAAAAUGGACACUGGAGCUUCUGUCAAAAAUCCACAGUAUACAGUGAUGUGAGAAGUGUUUGCCCCCUUCCCGAUUUCUUCUUUUUAUGCACACUUUUUCUUCUUUGUCACACUUAAAUGUUUCACAUCAUCAAACAAAUGUAAAUAUUAGUGAAUGACAACACAACUGAACACAAAAUGCGUUUUUUAAAUGAAACAUUUUAUUAUUAAGGGAGAAAAAAAAUCCAAACCUACAUGUCCCUGUGUGAAAAAGUGAUUGCCCCCUAAACCUAAUAAGUGGUUGGGCCCCCCUUAGCAGCAACAACUGCAAUCAAGCGUUUGUGAUAACUUGCAAUGAGUCUCUUACAGCGCUGUGGAGGAAUUUUGGCCCACUCAUCUUUGCAGAAUUGUUGUCAUUCAGCCACAUUGGAGGGUUUUCCAGCAUGA